UGACACUUCGAAUUCUGGUAAAUUACUUUGGUGUGUCCUUGUAUGGGCACUGCCCACUCUGCCCAGCAUAGGCAUCACGGGGAGGUGAACUGGAUCCAGAGGCACUUAGGGGGCAUCUGUGGGCUUGGGGCACAUGGGCUGCCCAGUAAACCAGCCCGAGUCCUGGGCAGUGUCCUGCUGCCCCCUCAGCCUGUUCCAGGAGCAGGAGCGGCUCCAUGGGGAUGGUUCUGUACAGCCUUGGAGUGGACGAGGCUUCCUGCUGGUGUCAUGUGUUUUCAGAAGAUGUGAACCUGAUGUGCUCCUGGGGGAGCUGAGCUCAGCGUCCUCUUGCCCACCUGGAGCUCCUCCCCAGGACAGCGUGUGACACUCACUGUUCGCUAACAGUGGCUCCUGUGAUUGUUCAGGAAGAGUCAGUGCCAAUUUAUCUUCUUCCUUUCCUGGACCAUGGUUUCCUCUUUCUUUUUUUCUUUCUUUCUCCUUCCUUCCUUUCUCUCUUUCUGUCGUGUGUGUGUAUGUGUUCCUGCGUGUGUUCAUAGUUGGGUACUUGAAACAACAGGCAUGCACUCACUGCUGGUAGAUUUGUUUCGUGUCCUGACAGUCCUUCACUAGUUUGCUUGGCAUACUCCUAGUCCUGGGAUCAGCCCGAAGGAAAACUGAUGACAACUUGGUUCAUUUCUGAGUCAUAAUCUUGCCUGGCAUAUGUGAACCUUUUUUAUUCUCCUGAAUUUAUGAUUGUUUUUGAAAUGCCCUACUAUCCCCCAAAUGCACACUCCAGUUUUACUCAGAGUUUUACAUGGUCUAGUCUAUGUCUCCACUCGUAUCCUCUGUCCCUGGCCCCACAUAUGUAUAGUUCCCCUGCAGCUGUAAUGAGAUACUCUAGCUGCUCUUCAGUUUAAGCUUAGAAUAUUGAGUGAAACAGACACCAGUUUCCAGGCAGCCCGCAAGUAGGUUGGAACAUUGCAGAUAAGGUUUUCUGUGAUCAUUCUGGUUUGAGGGAGGCAACUGGGAGACUGCAUUUCCCUAAGCAGAAGGAGGGUACAGUGUAUCUGCUAACAUUGGACAGUGCAGCUGGGGCAUUACCUUUCUAUUAAUUAUAACCUGUGAAGGCAGAAGAAAAAUAUCAGAGUCUGCUUACUCAGAGGAACAAUAGGCAAUGGAUCCCAAAUACCAGAGGGUGAAGCUUAAUGAUGGCCACUUCAUUCCUAUCCUGGGAUUUGGAACCUAUGCACCUGAGGAGGUUCCUAAGAGUGAAGCUCUGGAGGUCACCCAAUUGGCUAUAGAGGUUGGGUUCCGCCAUAUUGACUGUGCUCAUUUGUACCAAAAUGAAGUGCAAGUUGGACAAGCCAUUCGGAGCAAGAUUGCAGAUGGCACUGUGAAGAGAGAAGACAUAUUCUACACUUCAAAGCUUUGGUCCACUUUCCUUCAACCAGAGUUGGUCCGACCAGCCUUGGAAAAGUCACUGAAAAAUCUUCAACUGGACUAUGUCGAUCUCUACAUUAUUCAUUUUCCACUGGCUCUGAAGCCAGGAGAGGAGCUUUUUCCAAAAGAUGAAAAUGGAAAAGUGAUAUAUGACUCUGUAGAUUUCUGCCGCACAUGGGAGGCCCUGGAGACAUGUAAAGAUGCAGGGCUGGCUAAGUCCAUCGGGGUGUCCAACUUCAACCACAAGCAGCUGGAGAAGAUCCUGAACAAGCCAGGGCUCAAGUACAAGCCCGUCUGCAACCAGGUGGAAUGUCACCCUUACCUCAAUCAGAACAAACUGUUGGAGUUCUGCAAGUCACAUGAUAUCGUUCUUGUUGCCUAUGGUGCUCUGGGAUCCCAACGAUUGAAAAAUUGGGUAAACCCGAACUACCCUAUUCUUUUGGAGGACCCAGUUCUUUGUGCCAUUGCCAAAAAGCACAAGCAAACACCAGCUCUGGUUGCCCUUCGCUACCAGAUACAACGUGGGGUUGUGGUUCUAGCCAAGAGUUACAACAGGAAGCGGAUCAAAGAGAACAUGCAGGUUCUUGACUUUGAAUUGACUCCAGAAGACAUGGAAGCAAUUGAUGGCCUCAACAGUAACAUACGAUAUUAUGAUUUAGUCUUCCUUGCUGAUCACCCUGACUACCCAUUUUCUGAAGAAUACUGAUUGUGAGCAAUCCAUCAUGGUCCUAUCAGAAUUUACUGAUUAUUGGGGUGUGGAGAGGAAUGUUAUGAUUGGUGGAGCUAAUUAAAAGCUGUGUCUCUA